GAAGAUGUUGAUAUUCCCAGCAGGCGAGUUUUGAUUACUGGUGCUACGGGACUUCUUGGCAGAGCUGUGUUUAAGGAAUUCAAUGAAAAUAAUUGGAAUGCAGUUGGCUGUGGAUACAGGAGAGCCCAGCCCAGAUUUGAACAGAUUAAUCUUCUGGACUCUAUUGCAGUUCAUGACAUUAUCCAUGAUUUUCAGCCUCAUGUUGUAGUGCAUUGCGCUGCUGAGAGAAGGCCAGAUGUUGUAGAAAGACAACCAGAUGCUGCUUCUCAGCUCAAUGUGGCUGCUUCAGGGAACUUGGCAAAAGAGGCAGCUGGAGUUGGAGCGUUUCUGAUCUACAUUAGUACAGACUAUGUAUUUGAUGGAACAAGCCCUCCUUACAAAGAGACUGAUGUACCAAAUCCCUUGAAUUUAUAUGGUAAAACCAAACUAGAGGGUGAAAAGGCAGUCCUGGAAAAUAAUGAAGAUGCUGCAGUACUUAGGAUUCCUGUCUUGUAUGGAGAGGUAGAAAGACUGGAGGAAAGUGCUGUGACUGUUAUGUUUGAUAAAGUGCAGUUCAGUAAUAAAUCUGCCAACAUGGACCACUGGCAACAAAGAUUUCCUACUAAUGUCAAGGAUGUAGCAGCUGUUUGCAGACAACUAGCAGAGAAGAGAAUGCUGGACCCAUCAGUAAAAGGAACAUUUCACUGGUCUGGCAAUGAACAGAUGACUAAGUACGAAAUGGCAUGUGCAAUUGCAGAUGCUUUCAACCUUCCCAGCAGUCACUUGAGACCAAUUACUGAUAGCCCAGUUGUGGGUGCUCUUCGUCCGAGGAAUGCUCAGCUAGACUGCUCCAAGUUGGAGAUGCUGGGGAUAGGUCAGCGAACGCCAUUUCGAGCUGGGAUCAAAGAAUCACUUUGGCCUUUCCUUGUUGACAAGAGAUGGAGACAGACAGUCUUCCAUUAGUUUGUAACUUUUUUAGAAAAGUAUGGUAUGUGGCACUUUUUUAAAAGAAAAAAUAGUUUUGUAUGAGUGUUCUUAAAUUGUGACAUUUAUGAGUUUUCAUUUAAUCAGGUAAACACAUGGUCUUGCACUAGUGAAACUGUUAGCCUAAAAAAUGUUCAGUGACAAAAACUGAGCCUGUUUGAUGUCAUGGAUUUUUCCUUCCAUUCGUACCAGUCUAACUCAAUGUCUAUUCCUAGUGGAUUAUGGUUCUUAGUAAUCAGUACCAUUUGAUGCUAAGAAUGACUCGGAUCACUUGUAGAUUACUUUUGGCUGAAAUACGUUGUUGAUGCUUUAAGGUCUGUGCCAUUGUUGUAUAUACCAUUUCUCUUCAUUAAAAGACUGGUCAGUUACUUUAUCACCAAAAAUCUUGAGUUUUUUUGUUUUUAACUUUGGAAGGUGUGGCAUUCUUAUGAAGUUAAGCUGAAGUAGGAAUCGUUAAAUGUUUGUUUUGCUGAUCAAAAUGUUUUUUAAAAGAGUGAGACUUUAUUUUUGCAAUUAUCAAGUGUACUUUUUAUGCCUGAAAUAUUUUCAGAAUGUUCUGUAACUUGAAUGCUUGCAGCUUCAUAUUUGUACAGUAAGUUGUAUGCAUUUGUUUUAAUGGUGACAUAAAAAAGCUAUAAGAUGGUUGGGAGGGUGGGGAACAAAUACUUUUGACUUGGGUUUUUUUUGAGGGGGGAGGGG